AUGCAGUGUGAGCUUGUCCAGGCCCUGCAAAGGGCUGAGGAGAACGCACACGCUUUUCUAGACAAGGAGCUGAAGAAGCUCUGGAGGGUUCUCUUACCAGAUUACCCACAAUGCUCAGAGAGUCCGAGGGAGGAGGAGGAUGUUAAGAAGGAGGAGCAGAAGAGGCGCGCCAUAGAGGGAGUGGUGGACAUCACAAAGCUCUGCCUGAUGGAGAUGAACCAGGAGGAACUGGCCGACACAUUGUGGGCCGGAUCUGCUGUUGUCGAGUGCCAAUGUAAAAUCAAGUCUCAUUUGAAGAAGAAGUUCAGACGUGUGUUUGAGGGAAUCCCUAAAGCAGGACAGCCAACAGGUCUGAAUGACUUCUACACAGAGCUCUUCAUCACAGAGAGAGGCAGUGGAGAGGUCAACAAGGAACAUGAGAUCAGACUGAUUGAAACAUCUUCCAGGAAACCAGCCAAGGAGGAAACACCAAUCAGAUGUGAAAACAUCUUUAAACCCUUACCUGGACAAAAUCAACCGAUAAGAACAAUAAUGACAACUGGAGUGGCCGGCAUUGGUAAAACCAUCUUGACGAACAAGUUCACUCUGGACUGGGCUGAAGGCAACGCCAACCAUGACAUACACUUCACAUUUCUCCUCACUUUCAGAGAGCUGAAUUUACUGAAAGAGAGAGAGUUUAGCUUGGUGGAACUGCUUCAUCACUUCUUCAUCGAGACCAAAGAAGCAGGAAUCUGCAGAUUCCACCGGUUCCAAGUUGUCUUUAUCUUGGAUGGUCUGGAUGAAUGUCGACUUCCUCUGAACUUUCAGAACAACCCGAUCUGGACUGAUGUCACAAAGUCCACCUCGGUGGACGUGCUGCUGACAAACCUCAUCAGGGGCGUUCUGCUUCCCUCUGCUCUCAUCUGGAUAACCACACGCCCUGCGGCAGCCAAUCAGAUCCCUGCUGAGUGUGUUGACAUGGUGACAGAGGUGAGAGGGUUCACCGACCCACAGAAGGAGGACUACUUCAGGAAAAGAUUUGAAGAGGAGACACUGGCCAACACAAUCAUCUCCCACCUUAAGAAAUCACGAAGCCUCCACAUCAUGUGUCACAUCCCAGUCUUCUGUUGGAUCACUGCUACAGUUCUGGAGGACUGCUUCAAAAAAUCCCAGAUGGGAGAAGAGAUGCCCAAGACCGUGACUCAGAUGUACAGCUACUUCUUGAGGGUUCAGUCCAUACAGGGGGACAGGAAGUACCAUGGGAGAGCUGAAACAGAUACAGACUGGAGUUCAGAGAGCAGGGAGAUGAUUGUUACUCUGGGAAAACUGGCUUUUAACCAGCUGGAGAACGGCAACCUGAUCUUCUACGAGGCAGACCUGGCAGAGUGUGGCAUCGAUAUUAGAGCAGCCUCAGUGCACUCAGGAGUGUUCACCCAGAUCUUUAAAGAGGAGUGUGGGCUGUACCAGGACAAGGUGUUCUGCUUUGUCCAUCUGAGCAUCCAGGAGUUUCUGGCUGCCCUUUAUUACAUUCUGUCUUUCCUUGACAUUGGUGUCAAGCUGCUCUCAGAAAAACAACAAACCUCCCGGGAACAGGAACUCCUCCUCCUCUACCAGAAAGUUGUGGACAAGGUUUUAAAGAGUGAGAACGGACACCUGGACUUGUUCCUCCGUUUCCUCCUGGGCCUCUCUCUGGAGACCAAUCAGAAUUAUUUACAAGGUCUGCUGGGAAAGACAGGGAGCGGCCCAGUGUUCCAACAGGGAAUAGUCUCAUACAUAAAGGAGAAGAUAAAUGAAGAUCUCUCUCCAGAGAGAAGCAUCAAUCUGUUCCAUUGUCUGAAUGAGCUGAACGACCGUUCUCUAGUGGAGGAGAUCCAACAGUCCCUGACAUCAGGAAGUCUCUCCGGAGAAGAUCUCUCCCCUGCUCAAUGGUCAGCUCUUGUCUUCAUCUUACUGACAUCAGAAGAGGAGCUGGAAAAGUUUGACCUGAAGAAAUACUCAGCUUCAGAGGAGGGUCUUCUGAGGCUGCUGCCGGUGGUCAAAGUCUCCAAAACAUCUCUGUUGAAUGGCUGUAAUCUGUCAGAGGAAUGCUGUGAAUCUCUGGCCUCAGUUCUCAGCUCCAACUCCUCUAGUCUGAGAGAGCUUGAUCUGAGUAACAAUUAUCUGAAGGAUUCAGGAGUGAAGCUGCUCUCUGCUGGACUGGGGAGUCCAUACUGUACACUGGAAAUUCUCAGGUCAGUUUUACUCAAGGUACAAUUACAAAUAAAUGCUGAAAAUCUAAAUUAUAUAACUCAGCUUAUAUCUCAGUACCUGUGAUGACCACAUUCAUGACUUUGGUAUCAUAUAAAGGCUACACUUUGUUGUUUAGGUGGAUAUUGUAAUACAUCCAUUUGCCUAGUUGGACGCCUAAGACCUCCUGAAAGCCUUAACAGCAAUUAUUUCCAAAAAAGAUUUGAAACCAGCAAUUGUCACACAAAAUGUAUUUUAAAAGCUUACUAUGUCCAGUAUUCGUUGUUCAAAUUAAAAAUAUAUAAACAGGAAUGUGAACAGGUUACAGAAAAAUAUUGUUACAUUGUGUAACCAGGGUGAAGAGACAACUCAUAAAAUCUUAUUGUGAAAUAAUAAAUAAGGAGAGCAAAUAAUUAAUAAUAG